GAGCGCAAGGCUGGAGUGGAAAGAGAAGGUUCAGCUGCGCUUCUGGCUCACACUUGCUGGUUCUUUCAGCACUGAAUCUGCUUCAGCACCAUGGACAGCUCCUUUCUAAAGCUGGAUGCUGCGGAGUUCCUGGAAAUUUGGCUGCGCUUUGAUUCUGAUGACAAUGGUUACAUUGAGGGAAAAGAACUUGAUGACUUCUUUUGCCAUCUACUUAAGAAACUGGGCACAAAUGCAAUAACUGAAGAGAAAGUCCAAAGAGUGAAGGAUCGAUUUAUGUCUGCUUAUGAUGUUACUUCAGAUGGACGUCUGCAAAUACAAGAGCUUGCAAACAUGAUUUUGCCAGAGGAUGAAAACUUUCUGUUACUUUUUCGUAGAGAGACCCCUUUGGAUAACAGCGUGGAGUUCAUGCGGAUUUGGCGGAAAUACGAUGAAGACAGCAGUGGGUUUAUUUCGGCAGUGGAGCUCAGGAAUUUCCUGCAAGAUCUCUUCUCACAACAUAAGAAAAUGAUCACUGGUGAUAAACUGGAUGAAUAUACAGAUACUAUGAUGAAACUCUUUGACAAGAAUAAAGAUGGUCGCUUGGAUCUGAAUGACUUGGCAAAAAUACUGGCACUUCAAGAAAAUUUCCUUCUUCAGUUUAAAAUGGAUGCAAGCAGUCAAGAUGAAAGAAAAAGCGACUUUGAAACAAUUUUUGCACAUUAUGAUGUUAGUAAAACUGGAGCCCUGGAAGGUCCUGAAGUAGAUGGAUUUGUCAAAGACAUGAUGGAGCUAGUAAAGCCAAGUAUCAGCGGUGUGGACCUUGAUAAGUUCCGUCAAAUUCUACUAAAUCAUUGUGAUGUCAACAGGGAUGGAAAAAUACAGAAGUCUGAGCUGGCAUUGUGUCUUGGUCUGAAAGUAAACCCAUGAAGUCAUGCAGAAUCUGCCUUCUUGUGCCUCUUCUUUUGUCAGAACCUGCUGGUUUAUUGGUAACCAUGUUCUGCUACAAAUCCUUGUCACACUGGUGAUUGUGGAACGUAGGAGCAUUUACAAGUAAUGCAUGAGCAGCGCAGACACAAUUUGAAUGCAUGGCAGGCUUUUGGUGAAUCAAAAUAUGUUUCUAAUUAAAUUUCUUUUACUUCUCUAAAUUCCAUUAAAGUAUAAUUUUUAUUAAUGACAAUCUACUGAAAGAAAUAAAUGAAUUAAUUAAUUAUUCAUUCAUUCAUAUCAUGUAAUCUUUGUAACUUGUUUGAAAUCCGUUAGUUGUAUUUAUCACUGUUGUGGAACAAUAAAGUCUUAUGUUUUUUUUUUCAAAA